AUGAUCCAUCAGCCGCUAGGCAUACUGGGGCUACCGUCAUAUGCCCUCCUUAAUCUCCGACUUUUUCUUCUCGCCCCUCAAUGCUGUAUCCUCAUGAAUGCACCUGUUAAUUCCGCUGAAUCCACGUUGACGGCACACUCAGCCGUGUUUGGUUUUGUCGCAGCAUGUUGGUUUUUUCGCUGCACAAAUUGUGGUAAUAAUUGCAAGCCGUUACGAUUCUUACCAAGUUCUUGA